CCGCCGGGCCGCGCACGGGGACGAGGACUUCGCCUGCGGACUCACGCAGCGCGGGUUGCGGCUCCCGGCUCAGACCGAGGCUCACUCGGCCGGGGAGAGGGUGGCAGGAGCAGUGGGCCGAGGGGUAGGGGUUGGGGGUGCAGGGAGGGCCUCGGGUCUUGGGCUGGGGGUGCAGGGCUGGGAGGAGGGCGGGGCCGCCAGGCGGCUCCGGGGAGCCCAGGGACAUGGCACUGCCCGACGAUGAGGAGGGGACAACGGUGGCGAACGGGCACCCGCCCGCGAACGGAUACCUCCCGGUCCCGGGGGACGCGCCUGCUGGAAAGGUGAGCGCGGAGACGCAGAACGGGCCCAAAGCCGGCUGCCUGGCCCUGAAUGGGGUCUCUCGGGACAGCCCCAAGGCCGCCUCGGGAGCCCUGGACGGGCCGAAGACUCCGCUGGCCCCGGAGGAGGAGACCCAGGCCCGGCUGCUGCCCAAGGACCCCAGCGAGGAGACGCCGGCGGUCGAGGGCACCCUGGUGCCCCGGAGGGCGCUCUCCGCGCGGCGCUUUUUGGUGCUACUGAUCUUCAGCCUGUACUCGCUGGUGAACGCGUUUCAGUGGAUCCAGUACAGCAUCAUCAGCAACGUUUUCGAGAGCUUCUACAACGUCUCCUCGCUGCACAUUGACUGGCUGUCCAUGGUGUACAUGCUGGCCUACGUGCCCCUCAUCUUCCCGGCCACCUGGCUGCUGGAUACCAGAGGCCUGCGGCUCACCGCCCUGCUGGGCUCCGGCCUCAACUGCCUGGGCGCCUGGAUCAAGUGCGGCAGCGUGCAGCAGCAUCUCUUCUGGGUCACCAUGUUGGGCCAGUGCCUGUGCUCUGUGGCCCAGGUGUUCAUCCUCGGCUUGCCCUCCCACAUCGCUUCAGUGUGGUUUGGGCCCAAGGAGGUGUCCACAGCUUGCGCCACCGCCGUGCUAGGUAAUCAGCUUGGAACUGCAGUUGGCUUUUUGCUGCCACCAGUUUUAGUGCCGAACACACAGAAUAACACACAACUGCUGGCUUGUAAUAUCAGUACCAUGUUUUAUGGAACUUCAGCUGUCGCCACACUUUUAUUUAUUUUAACGGUAAUUGCCCACUCCAGCAAAGCACUGCUGCCACCACUCGUCCCCGAGUCCUCUCGUCCGGGCCUGUCUCUUGAAGCAGUCAGUCAAAAUCAGCUGCAAGCAGCCAUCAUCAGUUUGGAAGAAGCAUUCAAAGAAAAACCUCAGUAUCCACCAAGCCAGGCUCAAGCAGUUCUCCAAGACAGUCCCCCUGGAGAGUAUUCCUACGUGAAAUCAAUAAGGAACCUAUUUAAAAAUAUUCCUUUUGUCCUUCUAUUGAUCACUUAUGGUAUCAUGACUGGAGCAUUUUAUUCUGUCUCAACAUUAUUAAAUCAAAUUAUACUGACAUACUAUGAGGGAGAAGAAGUGAAUGCUGGAAGGAUUGGGCUAACACUAGUAUUAGCUGGAAUGGUGGGCUCUAUUCUUUGUGGUUUAUGGCUGGAUUAUACCAAAACAUACAAACAUACUACUUUGACAGUUUACAUUUUGUCUUUUGUUGGAAUGGUUAUAUUUACUUUCACACUAAACCUUGGACACAUUAUCAUCGUGUUUGUCACUGGAGGGUUGCUUGGUUUCUUCAUGACUGGUUACCUCCCCUUGGGUUUUGAAUUUGCUGUUGAAAUCACUUACCCUGAGUCUGAAGGUACUUCAUCUGGUCUUCUUAAUGCUGCUGCACAGAUAUUUGGAAUUUUAUUCACGUUGGCGCAAGGAAAGCUCACAUCAGACUAUGGUCCUAGGACAGGGAACGUUUUCCUCUGUGUUUGGAUGUUUGUAGGCAUCAUUUUAACAGCAUUAAUCAAGUCCGAUCUGAAAAGACACAAUAUAAAUAAAGGAAUUACAAAUGGCGAUAUUAAAGCUGUACCAGUUGAUAGCCCCACAGAUGAAGAAUCAAAAACUAUUCUGAUGUCCAAGCAAUCAGAAUCAGCAAUUUGAGGUGAAAGGAAAAGUUAAUAUCAUGUGAUAACUGAGUAAUAAAGCUUAGUUUAUAGAAUUGUGGGUAAUGGACACUUACUUGAAAAUUAUUGUAUGACUUCUGUAUGCAGGUACUGUUCUUACUUGUUAAUUUAAGCAAUAUUUUGCUUAAAAUACUUUUGUUUACAUCAUUUUAACACUACCAUUUAUCUAAUGAGUGUCCCAUCUUAUAUUAUUGACCUAAAAGUAAGCUUCUUGACAUUUGGUUUUCAAAAGUAAAUGUUCUUUUUGUAGAAAAUGGAAGCUUAGAAGGCUUUCUAAAAUGAUAAUAUGGAGGUCCAAUCCCUUCAAGUCACAUAGGAGUACAUGCAAUUUGUUUAUAUAAAACUAUCCAGUGGAACCAAGUGUACAAUGUAUUCCUAAUUAUCUCCCUUUCCAUUGUUCAGACCAGCUGUCCAAGCCCCCUCAGUGUGAAUACAGUCUAUGAAUAUGACACUUCUAACCCACCAAAUGACACUAUUGGGAUGAGACUUCCAGAUGACCUCUUAAGAUUUUUCCCAUUUCUUACAUUCUUGUUAGAAAAUGCUUUGUAACAGGUACUGUCCGUGGCCAUAAAAACUUUUCAGUGUGCAGACGGAACCCAUAACUUUGGUCUUAGGCAUAUGUUCUCAUUAAGCGAAGUAGCCCAGACACAGACUCAUUACUGUGAGUUCUUCUUUGUGCUGCCUUCCCAUUCAUCGUAAGAAUGCUAACACUAUAUUCUUCACUCCAACUUGAUAUAGAGUAGUUUUGUAUCCACUACCUUUUUUUACUCUUUUUUUUCUUCAGUAUAUAACUUUCUAGUAAGAAAAUGUCAUCCUAUGUGUUACUGGCUUUUUCAUGAUUUUUUGUAUCACACCUUAUACUUUUGCCUUGAAGAUUCCUGAGAUAAGGAAAUCUGUAAUAACUUCAGGUAGCCUAGGUAUUCCCAUUUAGUGGAGACCUCUUGAGAUGCUGUCUGUUCUAAUUCAGCAAAUCAUUCUUUAUGGAGUCUGUAUCAUUCUUUGAGGAGUCCCUUGCCCAGGUCUGCGCCCCCUCAGCGUGUUGGGGGAGUGGGCUCUUUGCUUCACCACAGAAUGUGCAUAGGCUCCGAACUGCCAGGACAGUCUGCUCUUUUACACGCUCAGGGUAAGGAGAAUAGGACCAAAUGCAUUUCCACAGUGCCUACCACUGCGUUUUGUUUACAGUGAGAAUCUCAGUGUUGUUCAUGUCCUGGCUCUCUAAGCGGAUAGGGAAUAUCUUUAGAGUAAUGGCAUUUAGACAGCCGUAAUAUUUAUAUUAUGUCCACAUAAACACAAAAAGCCAAUCAGGUAUUCCCUUGAAUAUCCUUGAAGUGAAUUAGCAAUUCUGAUUUGGGUGUACUAUAUGCAUCGCUUUAUACUGAAAUUACAACAUUGUCUGUAACCAAACGACAGUAAAUUAUGUGGAUUCUUACCCUGGAGAACGUGUUACCAGAAGAACUUAGCUGGGAAUCAGGAACUUCAGGUCUAUGUCCUGGUUCUGUUUCUAGCUUCCCUGUAAAUCAGGCAGCACUUUCCUCAUCCGUAUAAUGAAUGUGUAAAAUUUGAUCUCAGAGAUCUUUUUUGAAUUUUAAAUGCACUCAUCGGGGGAUAGACCAAAUCAUUGUACCACAGGAACUUAAAUCUAGCUGGAGAAAAAUUACCUGGACGGUUGAAUAAACAACUGUGGUUGUUACCUUGUAGAUACAGGGAACUUAAAAUCUGUUUUUAGAACACCCCUGGUGGUGCAGUGUUUAAGAAUCUGCCUGCCAAGGCAGGGGACACGGGUUCAAGCCCUGGUCCGGGAAGAUCCCACAUCCUGCAGAGCA